UACUAACUCAUGGCGUUGUCAUAUACUGAUCUUUUUACACACGUGUUAAAUACAACAGUUUUAUCGACUUAACUAACCAAAUUAAAACUCAACAGAUUUAAAAUAAUUGUUUAUAGUUUCUUUUAAAAGAAUCUAUUAUCAAAUAAAAUAUGGCUAUGCUUGCGGAACCUCGACGAAAGCAAAAAUGGAUGCUGAAUCCACGUGGAAAGGAUUGGUCUAAUGAUACAAAUAAAUUUGGGCAAAGAAUGUUAGAAAAAAUGGGUUGGACAACUGGUAAAGGUCUUGGUAUUAACGAGCAGGGUACAACACAGCAUGUGAAAGUUAAAGUAAAAAAUGACACAGUUGGUAUUGGUUUUAAAAAUGAGCAAGACGAGGCAUGGACGGAACAUCAAAAGGCAUUUGAUAGUUUUUUGAAUCUUUUACAAGAAAAUCAAGACUCUGACUUAAUAAAAAAAACAAAUACAGAAAAUUCUGUAACCAGUACUCAAUCAUUAGAAUUGAAAUCUAAACAAAGUCGUGCACGUGUACACUAUCAAAAAUUUACACGUGGAAAAGAUGUAAAGAAAUACAGUGCAAAAGAUUUAGCUGAUAUACUUGGAAGUAGACAUAUUUUAAAUAAGGAAAGUAAAGUUGAAGGACUGCAGGAAAAUGAUACGAACAUUACCAAUGCUGCACAUGUUGAAAAUAUUACAGGAGGUACAGUUACUAUAAAUAGGGGUAGUAUUACUGAUUAUUUUAAAAAAAAAACCUCACAUUUUCUUAAAGACAAGGAAAAUAAUACAAGUUGUAUGGAUGUAUCUGACAAUGAAACUGAACAAUACAGAGGUUUUGGAUUUGUAUCCAAAAGUCCUAAUCAUAAACAAACUAAUAAGUCAAAGCUUGAAUGCAAUUAUACUUUUGAUAAUCCUGCUUUAGAUUUACAUAAUAGUGAUGAUGUACUCGAAGAAACUACAAAAUGCAUGAACAAGAGAAAAGGAGAAUCUUCAAUUGAAAAUGAUAUACAAAAUUUAGGUUAUGAACGAAACUUUGCAAAAAAGAUAAAAAUUGAUACUAAUGAUAAACAUUGUAAGGAAGGUUUUAUAAAUAUGGCUCUUGAUUUAGAUACUGAUGUUAAUGAAAGUCAUGUAACUAAUAAAUUUGAAGUGUCAAGAGUAAAACUUGGUCUUACAAAUGAUGCAUUAGAUCUAACUGAUGAGAUACACGAGAAAAAGCGAGUAACAUUUAAUAAUCAUGUGGAAUAUAGUACAGAUUCUAGUAAGAAAAAGAAACAUACUGGUACAUUGGAUAAAUUUGAAGUUGAUUCUAAGAAACGUAAAAAGAAACAAAAACAAUUUGUUGAUGUUAAUCUUUCGAAUAAAAUUGGUUUCAUUAAUGAAGCAUUGGACAUUAAUUCAAUGUCCCAAGAGUUAAAAGAUAAUAAAGUUAAUGAGUGUAAAAGUAAAAAGAAUAAAAAGCAGAAACAACGAAGAAUAUCUAAUCUUGAAACAAUAGAAGAAACGUCAGAAGAAGCAGGUACAAAUAAUAGUAGAGAAGUUGAAAACUCGGAUAAAAAUUUAGAUGCAAAUCUAACUAAUGAAGAAUCUACGUAUGAAGAAAAUAAUAUAGAUAUAAAAAAAAAGAAGAAAAAGAGUAAAAAUAAAACACAAGAAACUAUAAUAGUGGCUGAUGACAUUGAUGACACAAUUACUUACAUACCAGAAAACGUAAAUUGUUCGCAAAAAAAAGAAAAAAAAAAGAAAAGUAAACGCAUAGCAAUGGGUGAUGAUGUUACUUGUGAGGAAAUUACAGAAAAAACAAGAUGUAAAAAGAAAUUUACAAAGAAACAUGAACACGAAGAAGAUGCAACAAAUGUACUAUUAGACAAAAAUGAAGAACAUGUAGUUAUUGAAGAAACUAUAGUUGAUGAUAAGUCUACAGAAAAAUCAAAACACAAACGGACACGUAAUAAAAAACGUAUAAAUGAAGAUCUAGAAUGUGAAUUGGAAGAUAGCAAAAAUAAAGAAGUACCUUGUACAAAGAUACAAGAUAACGACGAAAGAGUUAAAGUAAAAGCAAAAAUUAAAUAUGAUAAAAUCAACCAAAACGCUUUUGAUGAUACAAAUAAAAACGAUAGUACAGUCGAAAAAAAUGUUAACGAUAUAGAAAUGCAAUUACAGGAUGUGGAACAUUCGAAAAUAAAUCCUGAAGAAAAUAUGACAGUAACAAAAAAUAGAAAUUUUUGUAUAGAAAACCCAAAAAUGUCUAAAAGAAUAUUGAAAUUAUUUUUCGAUUUAGAUUAUAUAUCGGACUUUCCAGGUUCUAAUAUAAAUAAAAUAAAAGGUUAUGGUGCGGAUAUAACUCAAUAAUUUCAGAUUGUUCACUACUAGUAAUCACGCUACUAGUAGUCACGAUAUAAUUUAUUUGUAUUAUGAAAUAUAUAUUGCGUUUGUAAAAUGUAUAAUUAAUUUUUAUACCAAAACUUAAAACAAUUGUAAUUAAUAUACACAAUAAAUUAUUAUA